AUCCAAAUCAUAUACCUCUUCCGCCGUGUCGUCGCCCUUCGCUAGUCGCUUCGCUGCCACAUCUCUCCUCGUCCAAAGACUCCAAGCUCCUGUGCGGCCUGUGUUCUGCUGCCGCCUCUGGUCCACAUCUCCCCGCCGCCGCCCCGUCGUCUGCCGACACCUUUAGCGCUGGGAAGGAUCACAGGGGAUCGGCGCGAGGCGGGGGACCUGCGGUUUUUGUCGCCCGGAUGGCGGCGGAGCGAUGACACUGGCGUCGGGAGCGGCGCGGCGUUGGGAUGCGGACGAUCUGCGAUGUGUGCGAGAGCGCACCGGCGGUGCUCUUCUGUGCGGCCGACGAGGCAGCGCUUUGCCGGCCCUGCGACGAGAAGGCUCACAGCUCCAGCUCCACGAUUUUCUGGAGCACCUAAUGACUUGGUCCACGAACACCACCAAAUUUUCUGGAGAUGGAGCUAUCCCAAACAGAGCCUUAGGAGCAGCGCUCGCACCAGGCAGCUCUGCUUAGGUGCAAAGCAAACAGCCCCUAAUGUACUUGUAGACUGCCAGUUUUGGAUGCUACUAAAGUUAUCAUCAUGCUAUGCCGUCUGUGAGGUACACAUGUGUAACAAGCUUGCUAGUCGGCAUGUGAGAGUUGGACUUGCAGACCCUAAUAAACUUGUCCGGUGUGAUAUAUGUGAAAAUUCACCCGCUUUCUUCUACUGUGAGAUAGACGGCACCUCACUUUGCCUGAGCUGUGAUAUGACUGUUCAUGUUGGUGGCAAGCGAACCCAUGGAAGAUACCUGCUCCUAAGGCAAAGGGUUGAAUUUCCAGGAGAUAAACCGGGCCAUAUGGAUGACGUGCCUAUGGAAAUCCAAGAUCCUGAAAACCAGAGAGACCAGAAAAAGCCACCCAAGGAGCAAACGGCAAACCACCAUAACGGCGAUGAUCCGGCCACUGAUGGCAACUGUGAUGACCAGGGUAACAUUGAUUCAAAAAUGAUCGAUCUUAAUAUGCGCCCGGUUCGUACUCAUGGGCAAGAAUCAAAUUCCCAGACUCAGGGGGUAGGUCUUAGUGUGAACAACCAUGACUCUCCAGGGGUGGUGCCAACAAGCAAUUCCGAAAGAGACACCAGCAAGUAAACGUUGGAAGAUCGGAAUAUACAUUUCAACUACAUAUACUGUUCUAUACGAGUUCAUUUUGUGGUGUGUGUGUGUGUCACUAAUUUUUACUCAAUUCUAAAUUAUAAGUCAUUCUAACUUUUUUGAAGAGGUAAAGUAUCUCAGGUUUGACUAAAAUUGUAGAGGUAAUCACAGAUUUAUGACAUCAACUAGGUAUAUUUUAAAAAUAUAAUUAAUUAAAACACUAAUAAUACUUAUUUGGUAUCAUGAAUGUGAUUGUUUUAUUAUAUAAAUUUGAUCAAACUUGAGAUGCUUUGGCUCUCUUAAGAAAAUUAGAAUGUACUAGUAAGUAUAUUUUUGGCAGAGUUGUAGCUAACAGCCGCAUCUCAAUUGGCUUGUCAUGACCUAGAUUGGCAAAACCGCCAAGUUACUUUCACAUGUACUUGUUAUUGUCUUACAGACUUUUGACCAUUAUACAUAUGAUUCAGGAAUUCCGGUAA